AUGGGCGCGGCUGCCACGGUCGCGCGCAAGUACCGCGUGCGUCAGCGCACGGCGCAAGGCUGGCAUCUCGCCCUCGACAAGUACCACGCGCUUCUCCAAGAAGCGGACCGCCGCGGCUUCAACAAGGCCGAGCUCGACGCGCUGCUCUUAACGCUGCGCCAGCGCCAUCUGCAGCUCCUCGCUCGCGUCCACAGCUACACGGACCCGGCGAUCGCAACCAUGCAGCCGUACUACGACAAGUACGCACCGAUCAUUCAGCGCCAUGCCAAGCAGACGUACAAGCGGGCCAAGGUCGUCGUCGACCACGUCGAGUACGUCAUCACCACCACGACGCUGCAAGCCAUCUACCAAGCGCGGCGACAGGUCGUCUCGCAGCUCUCGGACGCCACGAUCGCAUCGUACUUUGACAUUCCACUCCACGACAUCGCGUCGCUGCACGUGUCCAAGCGGCGCUUUUCCAUUGCCAAUGCCGGCUGCGACUUUCGCGAACACGAGAUUGAACACACCUUUUCGAUCACCGACCAUGCCUUUAUCCGAAAACUCCUCACGCUGCAGUGGGUGCCGUGGCAGCCCAUCCCAAGCGUCGCCAUGAAGCUAGUCGAGACGUUCAUUCUCGACAUUUCGUUUGCGUCCCGGAACGAGUUUGCGAUCAAGGUACCUGCCCGCGUCGUGCUCCGGGUCGGGCCAAAAUGGAUCGGCGAAGACGUGCGACACGAGUCGUCCGCCAGCUUUGCGCACCCGCGCUGGCUCCAGCGCAUCGACUUUCAGGAGCGCGAGUCCCGCAGCACGCUCUUCUACGAUCUGCUUCGGCAGGCGUACGACCUCAUGCACACAGAGCACAAGCACAAGGAAGCGAUGGCGGCGGCGGCCGCCGAGGCCGCUGCCCGCGCCAAGGCGGCCGACCAGACACAGGUGCGGGCCCCGGCAUUGACGGUCUUGACGCCCGAGAUGAUUCGCCGAACGCUCCAGACGUGCGCCGAGCGGAUUCUGGACGAAGACAAGUUUCAGUUUUACACGCUCUCGAGCUAUGAGAACUGGCGCAUGGAGCUCCAGGACACGCGUCUCUGCGGCCAGACGAUCGAAGAGAUUUGCGAAGAAGAGGCCAUGAUGCGCGAAGACGACCUCCUCCGACUGUACGCAGCGCGGGUUCUCGAAGGUGCCGAGCGCGUGCACAUGGAAAACGAAGACGUCAACCGUGCGCUCUCGCGCGAAGAGCUGGCGGCCGCUGCCAUGGCCGCCAACGACAUCGACGUCGAAAGCGACUGGGAAAACGACGGCUCGGACGACGACGGGUUGUAG